CGCUCGCACGAAACACGCGGAACGGAGACGCGGGCGAGCCGCCGCCGGUCGAGUUUGGAAAACUGUUUAUCAAUAUUUAUAAAGCGCGAAAAGUCAUUCGGACUAGCCGGACACGCGCUCAACGACAGUCGCGUGUCCGAACAAUAGAAGAAAAAUAGUUUUCGAUGAAGAAAAGGCGAGUUCAAGCACUUUGAGCGCUGAUGUUUUGCAUUCUCACGCGACAGGUUUUAGGAGUGUGAAGACAGGGACAGUGUGUGUAUGUCAGGGUGUGUUUAAUGACAGUUGAAUCCGUGUGUGUUUGUUUGUGGAGAGAUGAAGAUCGAGUUCGCUCCUCUGCAUGUUCCUCUGCGCAGGCGUCUGCAGACAGCUGCAGUCGUGCAGUGGGUCUUCAGCUUCUUGGCUCUGGCUCAGGUCUGUCUGGCUGUGUACGUGCUCCUCUGCCUCAGUGAUUGGUGGAUUCUAGGUGUGCUGUAUGCCGGUUGGCUGUAUCUAGACAGGGACACGCCCUCAUGUGGAGGUCGAAGGUCGCGCUGGGUCAGAAGCUGGCGCGUGUGGACGUAUUUCAGGGAUUAUUUCCCCAUCACAUUGAUAAAGACGGUGGAUCUGGACCCUCGUCAUAAUUAUCUGUUCGGGUUUCAUCCUCAUGGCGUGCUGGUGGCCGGAGGAUUCGGGAAUUUCUGCACGGAAGCGUCGGGAUUCUCUCAGAUGUUCCCGGGACUCACGCCGUACCUGCUGAUGCUUCCCUUCUGGUUCAGAGUUCCCUUCUUCAGAGAAUACGUCAUGUGCGGAGGGCUGGUGUCGAGUGAGAAGGCCAGUGCGAGUUACCUCUUGGGUCAUCCAGGUGGAGGUCAAGCGGCCGUAAUCGCGGUGGGCGGAGCUCCGGAAUCACUGGACGCACGGCCGGGAGCGUUAACCCUUCAGCUGCUGCAGCGCAAAGGAUUCAUUAAACUUGCACUUAAACACGGAGCGUGGCUGGUUCCAGUGUUCUCAUUUGGGGAGAACGAGCUCUUCGAUCAGAUGGAGAAUCCUGCUGGCUCCACCCUCCGCCGCGUGCAGGACCGCCUCCAGAGGAUUAUGGGCGUGGCUAUGCCUCUCUUUCACGCCAGAGGGGUUUUCCAGUACAGCUUCGGUUUGCUGCCAUACAGGAAACCCAUUCACACUGUUGUGGGACGUCCCAUUCCGGUCACUCAGAAUCCGUGUCCCAGUAAAGACGACAUUGACACUCUUCACACUCUCUACAUGGAGGCUCUGACGCAGGUGUUUGAAGAGAAUAAGAAAAACUACGGCGUCCCAGAAGACAAACACCUCAACUUCAUCUGAACUCUGACCUGGUCGAUUUUCAGAUCUGUAAAACGUGUGGAUGUAAAUGCAUUUGUGUGUGUGUGUGUGUGUGUGUGAUGCAUAUGAUAUUCUAGAAUGAUUAAUAUUAUCUACAUGUUCUAUAGUUAAACAUUAAGGCAAAGUGCAUUUAUUCAUUAAUAUAACACAACCUAUGGUACCUACAUAUUACAAAUAUUAAAAAGAGACUUUUAUUAAAAUGUUUUUAAGCAUCUUCAACCAGAACAUCCAGUCCUGAUAUGACAUGUUGUUAUGCAAAUAAAAUAGCAAUGCAUUAUGGGAGCUGCUCAGUCAUAUAAAUAACUCUUGUUUUUUGUUACUGUCCUAGAACACUUCAUUGACAGGUUGUAAGAUGUACAUUUAUAAUGUUUAGUAACACUAUAAGCUCUAUUACACUACCAGUCAAAAGUUUUUUUUU